AUGGCGGUUGGCAGUGUGCUAUUGGCACUUGUGAUGCUCGUGCUUUCCAUAGUGACCGUCGUUGGUAAUCUCGCGGUUCUUCUUUCCUACUAUCUCGACAAAAACAUUCGCCAGCCAACCAACUAUUUCAUCUUUUCAUUGGCGAUAUCAGACUUGAUUAUUGGAAUCGAGGGAAUACCGGUGUAUACGGCGUUCUACUUGAACAACAAUGAAUGGAUAUGGGGCGAUAUUCUCUGCGAUUUGUGGCUCUCGAUUGAUUAUAUCGUGUGUCUCGCGUCGAUUUACACCGUCCUCGGAAUUACCGUCGACAGAUAUUAUUCGGUUCCGAGCAUCCUAUUCUCGGUCUCAAUUUUUGGCUACGGUACAUUCACGGGUACGGGACGUAUUUUGAAAGAGACCGAAUGCUAUGUGCAAUUUAUGACAAACCCAUACCUAAAUAUGGGAAUGUACAUCUCGUAUUAUUGGACGACAUUGUUCGUCAUGUUGUACCUCUAUUGGGGAAUUUAUCGUGCUGCAAAGAAGUUGGCGCUGAAGAGUGAUCAGAAGACGAAGCGAUUGGCGCUUCUCACGGAAUUGCGACGACCCGAAGUCAGUGUGCGAACAAGCGAUGCAGCGAAUAGCAGCACGGACUCUCCCAACGAUACCUCGAACAGCAGCAAGUGCUGUAGACAGGCCGUCCCACCGCCGCCGCCGACAACCACGAUUCAGACAUCGGUGGGGUGCUCGUCUCCACCGCCACCAGUUGUUCGAAAUCACAUGACUAUUCAUAACAACAAUAUAGAUCAUACUAGGAAUAUGGUAAAUCUAUAUAGCAAUCCAACAUACACUCCCUUGGACAAUGAUGAAGAAGAUGGUGUGAAUAGUAAUAAUAAUAAUAGUAAUAGUGGUUUCUAUCAUCAAGAACCAUCAUCGGUUAUUGAACGCGAAAGUACAGCGCCGUGCUGCUCACCUGAGCCGUCGUCGCACGCUUCAGCUGAAAAUGAUGAGAACGCGCAUGCGCAUUUCAAACCACAAUUUUCUUUGCCCUUCAUUGAUGCCGAUAGUGUGAGCUCAAUGGUUGGACAUGACGAUUUGCUUCGCGCGAUGUCGUCAAGGAAAAAGCGAAAGCGUGAAGCUCCUCAAAAACUGGCUGAGCCGACGAACGGCGCUGUUCCGGAGCAGAAAAGAGCGAUUGGUGAAGACGAGCAGCAGGCAUCCACUUCUCGCCUCGAAAUGGACACUGUUGAAGCGAUAAGCAAUGAUUGCAACGAGGUCAAAGUGCCGCUAAUCGCCGUGUCGCGCGUGGAAAGUCUCAAGACUACGACGACUGGCAAAGUGCGACGUCUUCUUACUGUAAUGCGAAGCCGUAGUGUCCGAAGCAAACGAAAACGAAAUAAAAAGCGUAAGAAGGAGUACAAAUCACGGUCGGAGAAUCGAGCACGCAAGGCGUUGCGUACGAUCACCUUCAUUCUGGGUUCGUUUAUCAUUUUAUGGACUCCAUUCUACGUUCUCGCAACCAUCUAUGGCUUCUGCGAAUCGUGCAAAGUGUCGCCUUGGUUCAAUAUGCUCUACACCAUCUCCUACUAUUUAUGCUAUAUGAACUCGCCGCUCAACCCAUUCUGCUAUGCGAUGGCGAAUCAGCAGUUCAAAAAAACGCUCACCAGAAUCUUCAAGGGAGACUUUCGACGUGUUUGA